GGCAGCGAACAGCGGAAGAGAAGGAAUCGGCCGCAGUCAGACGAGGAGAGGAAAUAAACAAAACCGAUCACGAUUCGUUUCUUCAAGAAAAACCGUGAGUGACAUUUUGAACCGUCGCCGCUUCGUUAACGCUCCGCAAGGAUCACCUGCGGCCUCAGGAUGCAGAGCACCACCAACUACCUGUGGCUGAUCUCAGACCUGCUGGGUCAGGGAGCCACGGCCAACGUGUACCGCGGACGACACAAGAAAACCGGGGACCUGUACGCGGUCAAAGUCUUCAACAACCUGAGUUUCCUUCGGCCGCUCGACGUCCAGAUGAGAGAGUUCGAGGUUCUGAAGAAACUGAACCACAAGAACAUCGUGAAGCUGUUCGCCGUGGAGGAGGAGUCCAACACCCGUCACAAGGUCCUGGUGAUGGAGUACUGUCCGUGCGGGAGCCUCUACACCGUGUUGGAGGAGUCGUCCAACGCCUACGGACUCCCGGAGGACGAGUUCCUCAUCGUGCUGCACGACGUCGUCGCAGGUAUGAACCACCUGAGGGAGUAUGGCAUCGUGCACCGCGACAUCAAACCAGGAAACAUCAUGCGAGUGAUCGGAGAGGACGGAUGUUCUGUCUACAAACUGACCGACUUCGGAGCCGCAAGGGAGCUGGAGGACGACGAGCAGUUCGUGUCCCUGUACGGCACAGAGGAGUAUCUGCAUCCCGACAUGUAUGAACGAGCCGUGCUGAGAAAAGAUCACCAGAAGAAAUACGGAGCGACGGUCGAUCUGUGGUCCAUCGGCGUCACGUUCUAUCACGCCGCCACCGGCAGCCUCCCGUUCCGCCCAUUUGAGGGGCCGCGCAGGAACAAGGAAGUGAUGUACAAGAUCAUCACAGAGAAGCCGUCGGGGACGAUCUCCGGUCACCAGAAGUCUGAGAACGGGAAGAUCGAGUGGAGCACGGAGAUGCCCGUGUCCUGCAGCCUGUCCAAGGGUCUGCAGAGCCUCCUCACUCCGGUCCUCGCCAACAUCCUGGAGGCGGACCAGGAGAAGUGUUGGGGCUUCGACCAGUUCUUCGCCGAGACCAACGACAUCCUGCACCGCGCCGUCGUCUACGUGUUCAGUCUGCAGCAGGCGACGCUGCACCACAUCUACAUCCACGAGUACAACACGGCGGCGCUGUUCCAGGAGCUGCUGUCCCGCAGGACGAGCGUCCCGCUUCACAACCAGGAGCUGCUGUACGAGGGCCGACGCCUCGUCCUCGACCCCAACCGCCAGGCCAAGGCCUUCCCCAAGACGUCCAGGGACAACCCCAUCAUGCUCGUCAGCCGCGAGUCCGUCGCCACCGUCGGACUCAUCUUCGAAGAUCCGAGUCCGCCCAAAGUGCAGCCGCGCUACGACCUGGACCUGGACGCUAGCUACGCUAAGACGUUUGCGGGCGACGUUGGACAUUUGUGGAAAACCUCAGAGUCUCUGCUGGUUUAUCAGGAGCUGGUGAGGAAAGGAGUUCGAGGCUUAAAUGAGCUGAUGAAGGAGGACUACAGUGAGAUCCAGCACAAGAAGUCUGAGGUUUUCCAUCUGUGUAACUACUGUACACAGAUACUGGAGAAGACUGAGCAGCUGUUCGAGGUGUUGAUGCAGGCGAACCUGCUGUCGACUGAAUACGACGAGAUCUCAGACAUGCACAAGAAAGUCGUCCGAAUCUCCGGCUCUUUGGAGCCGAUCGAACGAAUGACACAGGACUUGAAGAGCAAGUUUCUGUCCGGAGGCUUGUUGACGGACCUCUGGACCCAGCAAGUGGGAACGCACCCCAAAGACAGGAAUGUUGAGAAGAUCAAAGUUCUGCUCGACGCCAUCACGGCCAUUUACCAACAGUUCAAGAAGGACAAGGCAGAGAGACGUUUACCGUACAACGAGGAGCAGAUCCACAAGUUCGACAAACAGAAGCUGGUCCUCCAUGCCAGUAAGGCUCGGUCUCUGUUCACGGAGGAAUGUGCCAUGAAGUAUCGUCUGUUCAUCUCCAAGAGUGAAGAGUGGAUGAGGAAGGUUCACCACGUGAGGAAGCAGCUGCUCGGUCUGACCGGUCAGCUGAUUGGCAUCGAGAAGGAGGUCACCAUGCUGAUGGAGCGAGUCAUCAAGCUCCAGGAGCAGCUCCCUCAGAAGCUCCUCCCCUUGGUGUCCAGUGGGAUGAAGCCUCAGGCCUACCUGAGUCAGAACACGCUGGUGGAGAUGACGCUCGGGAUGAAGAAGCUGAAGGAGGAGAUGGAGGGCGUGGUCAAAGAGCUGGCAGAGAACAACCACUUCUUAGAGAGGUUUGGGACAUUGACGCUGGACGGAGGAUUGAGAGGAUGAAAAGUCAUCUUCAUCAUCAUCUGUCCUCAGCUGUAAAUAAUAAUAAUGUGAGAUCGUUGUUCUCUGAUAUGAUCAGUGGGAUUCUGACUCCAGAAUGCACCUGAACGUCCCCUGAAAACACAUCGAUGAGCGCAGUCACACACACACACACACACACUGACACACACGCUGUUUGGUCGUGAGACAAAACUUUUCAUUUUCAUUUCCCUUCACCAAAUAUUUCAGGGGAAAUAUUAAAAUUCUAAUAUUCAAUUUUAUUUUAUUUGUAAAUAAUAAUACAGUCACGUAGUUACAUGUCAGGUUUCAUCAAUGUGAAGAAUUUAGUUUCACUUUACGGCUCAAAUAAAAAUGUAAAGGUCUUAAUGUACUUAAGGAGUUUGAUGAGUUUUCAGGGGUAAGAUUAAUAAUCAAUCAUCAUCAUGUGAUGAAUCAGAGGAUUAAAUCCUCAAGAAAGACUUUAAAAGUUCAAAUCCAUCAAACUUCCUGUUUAUGAUUUGACUGAGGGACGAUGUAGAAAUAUGAGGAUUCAUUCUAUUAUUUUUUAUUGGGUUUUAGCUUAUUUAUUGUUCUUUCAAAGGCCGAUCAAUAAUGAAUAAUCACCAUCAGCUGUGUUAUAACAUCAUGUUUUUCUCUUCAGAUGAUUUCAAACCUGUAAAUAAAUUCAUAUCUGAACGUUU